AAUAAUAAUAAUAAUAAUAAUAAUAAUAAUAAUAAUAAUAAUAAUAAUAAUAAUAAUAAUAAUAAUAAUAAUAAUAAUAAUAAUAAUAAUAAUAAUAAUAAUAAUAAUAAUAAUAAUAAUAAUAAUAAUAAUAAUAAUAAUAAUAAUAAUAAUAAUAAUAAUAAUAAUAAUAAUAAUAAUAAUAAUAAUAAUAAUAAUAAUAAUAAUAAUAAUAAUAAUAAUAAUAAUAAUAAUAAUAAUAAUAAUAAUAAUAAUAAUAAUAAUAAUAAUAACAAUAAUAAUAAUAAUAAUAAUAAUAAUAAUAAUAAUAAUAAUAAUAAUAAUAAUAAUAAUAAUAAUAAUAAUAAUAAUAAUAAUAAUAAUAAUAAUAAUAAUAAUAAUAAUAAUAAUAAUAAUAAUAAUAAUAAUAAUAAUAAUAAUAAUAAUAAUAAUAAUAAUAAUAAUAAUAAUAAUAAUAAUAAUAAUAAUAAUAAUAAUAAUAAUAAUAAUAAUAAUAAUAAUAAUAAUAAUAAUAAUAAUAAUAAUAAUAAUAAUAAUAAUAAUAAUAAUAAUAAUAAUAAUAAUAAUAAUAAUAAUAAUAAUAAUAAUAAUAAUAAUAAUAAUAAUAAUAAUAAUAAUAAUAAUAAUAAUAAUAAUAAUAAUAAUAAUAAUAAUAAUAAUAAUAAUAAUAAUAAUAAUAAUAAUAAUAAUAAUAAUAAUAAUAAUAAUAAUAAUAAUAAUAAUAAUAAUAAUAAUAAUAAUAAUAAUAAUAAUAAUAAUAAUUAUAAUAAUAAUAAUAAUAAUAAUAAUAAUAAUAAUAAUAAUAAUAAUAAUAAUAAUAAUAAUAAUAAUAAUAAUAAUAAUAAUAAUAAUAAUAAUAAUAAUAAUAAUAAUAAUAAUAAUAAUAAU